AGGAUUGGUCAGUGGGAAGUUGCUAUAAAUGGGAGAUGUUAACAGUCACUUCUGCAUUUCAGGAGCUGCAGCGCUAAGAUGAAGGUCGUUGGUCUCUUUGUGAUUUUUGUGAGCCUUGUCUGCCAGGGAUACUGCAACUCCCUGGACUCAUGUGAGGGUCGCUGUGGUUACGGCACUGACAGUGAUUACUCUUGUCAGUGUAACCCCUCCUGUGUGCGUUACAAUGAUUGUUGUUCUGACUAUGCUAAAUUCUGUACAGCUGGAUCCACGUCGUGUAAGAACAGAUGUGAUGAAAAAUACAACGCUGAGAACACGUGCCACUGCAACUCCAGGUGCACUGAGUACCAGAACUGCUGCAGUGACUUCACAGAGCUGUGUGGGGGCAGUGUGAUCCUGGACUCUGAGAUCAAGGCCCUCUCUGAGACCCUCUACGCCCUGGACUCAAACAAAGCCUCGGCCUCAGAGUUGAUCAUCGAUGCUCAGGCUCUGGUGCCGAACUCUCAGACCAGCUCACAGACGGAUCUGUCCCCCAGGCCAUUGUUCCGCUACCUGGACGAGGAGACUCUCUUCUCCAGACCCACCUACUCGUCUUUCCUGUCCGUGCUGGAUAACUACAAAAGAAUGACGGGUCAGGCUGAAAACUUCAGUCCAGAGCAGCUGGCUGAGCAGGAGGAUUUCAUCAGGGAGACCAUGUCCAACACCGAGCUGGGCAGAGAGCUCUUUGCCUUCCUGUUAACAAAGGGCGUCUACGCCACAGAGGAAGAGUUCCUCCAGGAUCUGAAGAUGAUGUGGUUCGGUCUGUACUCACGCAACAACAACAUGUUGGACUCCAGUGGAUUUGAACACAUCUUCGCAGGUGAAAUCAAACAGGGAAAAGUGUCCGGGUUCCACAACUGGAUCCAGUUCUAUCUUCUUGAAAAGACAGGAGAGCUGGACUACUACAGCCACAGCUUCAACGGGUCUUGGACCACCUUUCCUGACGUGCUGGGAAUGCAGUUUAAAUGGGACGGUUACUACAAGCAGGUCGGCUCUGCGAUCAUCGGCUGCAGCCCUGAGUUCGAUUUCGCCGUUUACAGCCUCUGCUACAUCACCCGCCCUGGGAAACAGUGUCGUCUCAGUAUGGGAGGAAAGGAUCUCAUAAUCCAGACUUACACCUGGACUAAUUCUUUCUACGGCGACGGAAAGAAAUUCAUCGGCUCAGCCUUCCCGGCGAGCCCCUGAUACAACGUCAGAUUGAAGCCAUCCUCUCCUCAAACAUGCUGAUAAUCAGACUGAUCUAAACAAAUGCAUGAAAAAAAGCGAUUUUACUAAAAUGAAAAUAUUAUAAUAUUUUAGUUUUCUCUAACAUUUGAGUUGUUUUUUAUUAUUAUUAUUAAUGUUCAUACUCGGCUGAGCCAACUGCACAAAUAAAGACGUUAAACAGUC